CACCCGACAAAACCUACGGCGCCUCCUCUCACUAUCAUCAAUUAAUAUCAUCAUCAUCUUCAUCUUCUUCUUCGUCGCCCAUUCCCAAUUCCCAAACCCUAAUAUCAAAAAAUUACCGUCUCUUCAAUUUCAAUUUCAAUAUCAAUUCCCACGCUCUCUUCCUACAUACAUGCCACCAACCGCCGACUCCCCGCUCCGCCCGCGAUACCUCACCCGCAGCCAGCGGAAGCUCCUCUUCGUCUUCCUCCAAGGCGUCAUCAUGCUGCUCGUCAUCGCCAUCUUCCUCUUCUUCCUCGGCUUCGCCGCCAUCGUCCUCCUCCACUUUCUAUUCAUGUCCAACACCUUCAACCGCCGCUGCUCUCGCCUCUUCCAAAACCACCCCCACCACCGCCACCGCCACGGCAACGGCAACGCCGCCGAGGACGAGGACGCCGCGGCGGCCCCAGCGGAUCCGCCUCUCCUCCCCGACGUGGCGUACAGCGCCGCGGCCUUUUCCUGGGUGUCGGACUGCGCCAUUUGCCUGGAAUCCUUCGUGGAAGGGGAUGAGUGCCGGAACAUCCCUGCCUGCAAGCACCUGUUCCACGCCAAGUGUUUGGGCCGGUGGAUUAGGAAGAACCCGACUUGCCCCGCCUGUCGGACCCGGGUCGACCUGGAUCCGAUUCCAGGUUUGAGGGCAUGCGGCGAUGAACAGUGGAAGAGGCUUUGGGCUGUUAAUUUGGAGCAGGGCACAUCUCCUUGAAGCGUUAGCUUCUGCAGGCCUUCAGGUGCAUUAUGGCUGUAUUAUUCCAGUGUGAGCUGACCUACAGAAUGACAUAAACCUCCGGCAAGCAGAUCAGAUAUAUGGUGUGGUUUGUUUAGAAGAUGGAAAUGAGUUUCAAGUGUCGUCUGCCUCAUCCAGGUUGCAUUCCCUUAUUGUUUGCUGUUGUCUUACAUGCUCUGAGACGUUAUGUUUGAUCAAGUAAAAACUAACGUAGACUUUUAUAGUACAAAUAUUAUUUAGAAUAAAUUAGUCUCGACUGUCGAGAUGGUUAUUAUUAUCAUAGAUUAGUGUAAUUUUGAGCGAAAAAAAAAAAAUUAUGAAUAGUACGAGACGAAAAAGAGACCGUUAGAUUUUAAUUACAUUGCUUUCAUUGGUGUCAAGGAUAGUGUGGUUGAAGCUGCCAUGUAUCGGGAGCUUGUUUAUCUCUGAUAUUUACUUGAAUCUGUGAUUCUUUGGAGCUUGGAAAAUUCUUAGCUGAGUCUCCUACACUUCUUGCAAGAACUGCUCGCUCUGUAUUGACAAUGAUUUAUGUUGUUCUGCUGUUUUUUGGCUGAUUCACUGUGCUUAUGGUUUAGUAGGGGUGUGUUUGUCCGAGGGUUUGGAUUUUGAGUUAGGAUUUGAAUAGUAAAAAUUUUGAAUUUGAAUAGUUGUAUGAUCGUGAUAUAAAUAGGUGUUGAUGUGAUGUUUUGAAUAUAAAAUUGAUUUUUAGUAUAAUAUAAAAAAUAAAAAAUAGAUGUUUGAUUUGAUGUUUAUGGAAAAAAAAUAGAAUGAAUAGUAGAAAUUCAAACAAAUCCCUCAAACAAACACAC